GAAGGAUAAGCCGGGCGAUCUAGACGGGGAAUCCAGCGACGUUCCAGUACGCAUGCGCACUUGCGCUCAGCAAUUUAGUGGCGGCGGCGAGCCGUGUCCCUGCGCUAGGCGUCCAGCUGGACUCCAGCACCGUGCGCGGCUUGUAGCCCCGGCCCAGGCGGGCUAAGGUGCCUUCUCCAGGAGGGACUGCUGGGAGGGAGAAAUGGCCAAGAGGUUGCUGCCAGCCCAGGCUCAGGAGUCGGUGACCUUCAGGGAUGUGGCUGUGCUCUUCAGCCAGGACGAGUGGCUGCAGCUGGACCCUGCUCAGAGACGCUUGUACCGGGAGGUGAUGCUGGAGAACUACAGCAACCUGUUGUCCCUGGGGAUUCUGUUUUCCAAGCCAGAGGUCAUCUCCCAGUUAGAGCAAACAGAAGACAGCCAGGUGGUAGGAACUGGAGCCCUAAGAGGCUUGUGUCGAGGAUGGGAGAGCUUGUUUGAAACCACCAUUUCCAAAGAAGCAAACCAGGAAGCCAUGAAAAACUUCCUAAUGGAUAGUCCUUUGAACUUUAAGUUUGGAAAAACCUACAUCAAUGAGGACAAGUUGGAGAAGCAACAAAGUAGAAAGAACAAACUUCUCAGGAAAGUAUUUAUUACCAUCCAGAACACGUACAUGAAAGAGAAGAGCUUUAACGGUAUUGAACAUGGGAAAACCCUUGAUCCCAAACCAUCAUCAUUUUCUAGAAAGCCUGGACUUGUUUCCAGAGGCAGGAAACCCCAUUCACAGCAGUAUUCAAUCCUAUUUAAACAACUGGGAGUCAACGCAGUCCGUAAGUGUUAUAAAUGUAAUAUCUGUGGGAAAAUCUUCCUUCAUAGUUCUUCCCUUAGUAAGCACCAGAGGAUCCACACUGGAGAAAAGCUCUACAAAUGUAAGGAAUGUAGGAAGGCCUUCAGCCAGAGCUCAUCCCUGACACAGCACCUGAGAGUGCACACCGGAGAGAAGCCGUACAUAUGCCACGAGUGUGGGAAGGCCUUCAGUUUCACCACCUCUCUUAUUGGGCACCAGAGAAUGCACACUGGAGAAAGACCCUAUGAAUGUAAGGAAUGUGGCAAAACAUUUAAAGGUAGCUCAUCCCUUAACAAUCACCGGCGAAUCCAUACUGGAGAGAAGCCCUAUAAAUGUAACGAGUGUGGGAGAGCCUUUAGUCAGUGCUCAUCUCUCAUCCAGCACCACAGAAUUCAUACUGGAGAGAAGCCGUAUGAGUGUAGUCACUGUGGGAAAGCCUUCACUUCAAUAUCACGGCUGAGUAGACACCAUCGCAUUCACACUGGAGAGAAACCCUUUCACUGCAACGAAUGUGGCAAAGUGUUCAGUUACCACUCGGCCCUUAUCAUACAUCAGAGGAUUCACACUGGUGAGAAACCAUAUGCAUGUAAGGAAUGUGGGAAAGCCUUUAGCCAAAGCUCAGCACUUAUCCAGCAUCAGAGAAUCCACACUGGAGAAAAGCCUUACAAAUGUGACGAAUGUGGGAAGGCCUUUUCCUGGAUCUCACGGCUUAACAUACACCACCGAAUUCACACUGGAGAGAAACCGUAUCAUUGCAAAGAGUGUGGGAAAGCUUUUAGUUCCCACUCAGCAGUGAAUACUCAUAGAAAAAUUCAUACUGGAGAGAAACCUUAUAAAUGUAAUGACUGUGAAAAAGCCUUCAACCAAAGCUCAGCCCUAAUUCAGCACCAGAGAAUCCAUACUGGGGAGAAACCAUUCAACUGUAAAGUGUGUGGGAAAGCUUUCAGGCAGAGCUCAUCCCUGAUGACGCACAUGAGAAUUCACACUGGAGAAAAGCCUUACAAAUGCAAAGAAUGUGGGAAAGCUUUUAGUCAGAGCUCGUCUCUUACUAAUCAUCAGAGGACUCAUAACUGAGAAAAACACCAUAUGAGUGAAAUGCAUGUGGGAAAUGUUCCAGGUGAAAUCCAUUCCAUACUAAGUAUCAGCGAGUUCAUCCUGGAGAGAAGGUGAUGAGUAGUUAGGUAAUUGUGGGUAAAAUUUUAUAAUUAGACCUCAUCAACAGACACUUCAUGCAGGAUCACUUUGUGAAUACUAAGGACGCAUCCAUAAAGUGUUUCUCAUAUGUUCUUAAGUUAUUACUGUUUGUAAAACAGACUCAGAUUGGAAGAGCAGCAUUUUACUUUCUAGUGCUGCGUAACAGCUGCCAGCUUUCACAGGCAGCAUUGGAAAAUGAUCUAGGUUAAAGUGCAGCCGGAAAAUAAGUUUGGGAAUUUAUUUUUUGAAACGGCAUCUAGAUCUUAUGCAAGCCAGUUAUACUAGAAAGAAUAUUUGGAAAAAGAGAGAUGUACACAGGUAACUGUCUACCUCACUGUCACUAAAAUUUGUUUUUUACUAUUUUGAAAACAAAUUAUAUACUUGGUGGUUAUUAAAAUGUUAGGUCACUUCUGCA